CCAUUAUGUUCACGGCGCACUACGCUUUAUGGUAGCGAAUAUUGACACGCCCUAGUCAGAAGCGUAUCAGUAGCGCACUCACUUAAACAGACAUUUAAAGAUAAUAUUUAGAGAUAAUAUAUCAAAAUGUUCGUCGCAUAUUGCAAUCAACUUAACGACGGUCUGGACUUUAGGAAUGCUUGCAGUUUUUUGGGGAAAUUGACCUGAGGGACAUCAACCUGUUUAGUCUGCUUUCGUUUCCACAGGCAUCGUCAUCACCGUUUUGUUUACAAGGUCGAUCAAAUGGAAACAUAAGUUGACUUUGCGAAGAAGUUGGCAAUAAGUAUUAUGAUAGUAAAUUGGACAAGACUUAUGUGUUGAUAAAAUGAGUGCACGUAUAAACGAAAUGGAUAAUGAGAAAGAUGCUUGGAUGAAGAUGAUUACAAAGAAUGGGUUAUGCGAAAAGCAAAACAACCAAGUAGUGACAAAGGCCCCUGCUUCGCAUAAGAAGUCAGAUGCGGGUAAGAUCCAGAGGCCCCUUCUGAACGAGAAAACAGAUGCAGCCAAGUUAGGGGACGAGUACUGGGAAAAAGAGAACCUGCGAUAUGGCUGGGGAGGAUUCAAACCUGAUUGCAUCCAAAUGUUCAACACCAUCCGCUGGUACGUGUUCUGGGUGUGCGUAUUCAGUCUAUUUCAAGGCUUCAUCGUGAACGGUGUCAUCAACGCCGUCAUCACGACGCUCGAGAAACGAUACGACCUUCCCAGCUCUAAGUCAGGCCUCAUUGCCAGCUCUAAUGACUUCUUUGCGUUCUUCCUCGUCCUCGUUAUCAGCUUCUACGGCAGUGACAGGCACAAGCCCAAACUCAUCGGCAUCGGCGUUUUGGUGCUUGGCCUCGGUAGUUUUGUGUUUUCUCUGCCGCAGUUCUUCACUGGGAAAUAUGACUUCCGUGGUUCAGAUCUUGAGGAUUUUGAAAAUGUUUGUAAACCCGGAAAUGCUACUGACACAUGCGCAGUCGCGUCACCUUACCAACAGACGUCACAGCAGAAAAUGUCUUCUCUGUCUAACUACCUGUAUUUGUUCAUGCUUGCCAACGCUUUGCACGGCGCUGGCUCCACGCCAAUGUUUACCCUGGGGACCAGCUUUAUUGAUGAGAACAGCAGAGCCGAGGAGACGCCAUUUUUCCUCGGUAUCAUCUAUUGCCUCGCAUCACUGGGCGUGGCCGGAGGAUACAUCGGUGGUGGACAGUUUCUCAAUAUAUACGUAGAUGCCGUAACCGUAGCAACAGAAAAUAUCGGGAUCACGCCCAUGGAUCCCCGGUGGGUCGGAGCUUGGUGGAUCCCCUUCCUCAUCAGCGGUACAGUCAUGCUGAUUGUGGUCGUGCCUAUCCUGGGAUAUCCUAAGCAACUUCCGGGAAGUGCCAAGUUGCAGCAGGAGCGAAAGUCGGAGGCCUCGCAGGCGGUGGCUAACCGGAAGGAGCAGAUUGGUCGCGACUGGAGACAGUUCCCGAGAGCCAUGUUCAAUCUGGUACGCAAUCCUACUUUCCUGUUUCUGACCCUGAGCGCCUGCAUGGAGGGGAUGAUUAUUAGUGGUGUGGCGACGUUUGGCGGCAAGUUUCUGCAGGAGAAGUUUAACCUCCCAGCGGCCUUCGCCAGCUUUGUCAUGGGACUUAUCACAGUGCCAGGUGCAGGAGGGGGCAUGCUACUUGGCGGAUUCAUAGUAAAAAGAGGCAAGCUGAAGUGUCGAGGUAUCAUCCGACUGAACAUGGUGUGUGCAACCUUAGGCCUUCUCAUCAGCGCCGUCUUCUGGCUCCAGUGCCCCACACAGAGCAUCGCCGGCGUCAGCACUGAUUACGUCACCGGAAGUCCUCGAGCAACACCAGUGGACCUUGUCAGCACGUGCAACGUAGAGUGCGGUUGCAGUGCGCGCACCUACGAGCCGGUGUGCGGGAUGGACGGAAAUAUCUACUUCACGCCGUGUCAUGCCGGAUGUAACGGUCAUUUCGCGCUCAUGCAGGGACCCAUGGGUCCUUAUAAGAUGUACACUAAUUGUUCGUGUGUGGACGAAGGCCUAUCAUACCAAAACAACAUGACACCGUCAUCUUCAUCAGCAACUACCAUGGUUACCACAGUCAUAACGUCGAUAACAGAUUCAAACGAAAAUGCGACGGGGCUAGCCAUGGGUGCGUCCCAGGGGGUGUGCAUGUCGGACUGUCAGUUGCUGUACGUGGUGGCGCCCCUUCUCUUCGUGGGCAUGAUGCUCACUUUCAUGACCUGCUCGCCCACACAGACCGCUACCAUGAGGUGCGUCCAGGAGAAUCAGAGAUCCAUCGCCAUUGGCCUGCAGUGGCUCUUCCUUCGAUUGCUCGGCACCACGCCAGGUCCCCUUAUGCUGGGGACCAUCAUGGACAACGCGUGUUUCGUCUGGCAGGAAGUGUGCGGCCAGCAGGGCAAUUGUUGGAUAUACGAGAAAACCAGCAUGGGCGUGAAACUCUUCGUCUGGUGGAUAAUUGUAAAAGUUGUCUCCCUUUGUUUUAAUUUUGCCGCCCAGUACUUUUAUAAGCCACCUGAUAUUAGUCCAAACGUAACCGACGAGGAGGAAAAGUCAUUGACUUCUAGCGAACAGGAAAUACGCGUAUCUGUGAUUUAAGAUCGAAUAGAUUGUUACAUAGAUGAUGUCCUAAAUGACGUAUUCGACCGUCUCAUAUCAAUCCUUUCAUGUUUGUCUGCCAAUCAGUUGAGUGAUAGUGUUAAUUGCAAAUAUAUAUAAUGUAUUUGCUUGUAAAACUAUUUUAGCAAGUAAAUGUUAAAUCCGUUUGUCAAAAUGUAGCCAGAUUCAGAUGGUACUCAUCCGAAAGAGUUUCGAUUUCUAAUACAAUUUUCACAUGUACAAUUACUAUUUAGCGAAUAAAAGAAUAUAGUUUAGUUUCAGUAAUGCGUAGAAUAAGAUAAUACGGCAUAAUUAAGCAUAAAACGAACUACCUUUAAAAUAAGUUAGCUAGAGUGAAGAUGUUUUACGGCUUGACCAUAUGAUAGUUUUAGUUAUUACUGCGGUCUACUUGUAAUCAUUAACGCUUUCCUAUGACAAGUUUAAAUGUUCCUUAUGCAAAGUAUUUGACAUGAUUUGAUGCGAAUAGAUAAUAAAUAGGUAAACAUAUCAUACGUUCGAAACAUAAUCAUGUUCCGCUUAUCACUGGGUGAUGCUUGUUCUGUUAGCGACAUCCCAUUCUGUGUUAGCGACAUCCCAUUCUGUGUUAGCGACAUCCCAUUCUGGGAACGGGAAGUCCUUAGUUUGUGUUUUAAUUAGUUUGUUUAACAGUAUUCACUUAUGAUACAAUGGCAAAAUGAAAUUAUAGUUUGAGUACUUCAACAUUUGUGUAAGUUUAUUGCGCAAACAUGUGUAAGAAAUAUAGUGCAAAUACAAUUUUAAAUAAAA